ACCGGAAAAGCACUGCCGGAAGCUCCACGGUCCGGGAAGGCGGCUCUGGGCUGUUGGAAACCGAAGCCUCGGGGCCUCUGGCGGUCCCUGCGCGGCCGCUGGCCCCCUCCGGCCUCCAGGCCUCCGACCGCCCGGCGCCGCGCGGCUCCUGGGCCCGGCCCGGCCCCAGGCCUCCGACCGCCCGGCGCCGCGCGGCCGGGAGCGGUCGCCAUGGCGACGCCGGCGGCGCUGGAGCGCUGGGUGCAGGACGAGCUGCACGCGGUGCUGGGGCUGAGCGAGCGGCACGUGGCGCAGUUCCUGAUCGGCACCGCGCGGCGCUGCGGCUCGGCCGAGGAGUUCCUGCAGCGCCUGCGAGACACCGACACGCUGGACCUCGGCGGGCCUGCGCGGGACUUCGCGCUGAGGCUCUGGAGCAAGGUCCCCCGGGAGGCGGCGGUGGAAAAGCCGGGCCGGGCCGCCGAGCGGGAGGCCCGCGCCCUGCUGGAGAAGAACCGAUCCUACCAGCUGCUGGAAGACAGUGAGGGCAGCGGUGCGGAGAGUGUGGGUGCGGCUGGGGCCGGGCUCCAGAAGAAGCGGAAGCGGCGGAAACACCUCCGGAAGAAGCGCCAGGAGGAGGAGGAAGAGGGGGAGGAAGAGGAUUCUGAGAAAGGGAAGAAGACAGGGCGGAGCCGACAGCAGGCAGAGAGACAGCAGCCAGAGAAGCCGGAGUCGGAGGAUGAGUGGGAGCGGACGGAGCGGGAGCGCCUCCAGGACCUGGAGGAGAGGGAUGCCUUUGCUGAGCGGGUGCGGCAGCGGGACAAGGACCGGACCCGUAACGUCCUGGAGCGGUCCGACAAGAAGGCUUAUGAAGAGGCUCAGAAGCGCCUCAAGAUGGCUGAGGAAGACCGGAAGGCCAUGGUGCCCGAGCUGCGGAAGAAGUCCCGCCGCGAGUACCUGGCCAAGCGGGAGCGAGAGAAGCUGGAGGACCUGGAGGCCGAGCUGGCGGACGAGGAGUUCCUCUUUGGGGACGUGGAGCUGAGCCAGCACGAGCAGCGGGAGCUCAAGUACAAGCGGCGAGUGCGGGACCUGGCCCGGGAGUACCGGGCGGCCGGCGAGCAGGAGAAGCUGGAGGCCACCAAUCGCUACCACAUGCCCGAGGAGACCCGCGGACAGCCAUCGAGAGCUGUGGAUCUGGUGGAGGAGGAAUCGGGUGCCCCCGGGGAGGAGCAGCGGCGCUGGGAGGAGGCCCGGCUGGGGGCCGCCGCCCUGAAAUUUGGCGCCCGAGAUGCUGCCUCCCAGGAGCCCAAGUACCAGCUGGUGCUGGAGGAAGAGGAGACCAUCGAGUUUGUCCGGGCCACUCAGCUGCAAGGCGAUGAGGAGCCGGCUGCUCCGCCCCCUCCGACCCAGGCCCAGCAGCAGGAGUGCAUCCAGGCCGUGCGCCGCAGCCUCCCUGUGUUCCCCUUCCGUGAGGAGCUCCUGGCCGCCAUCGCCACUCACCAGGUCCUCAUCAUCGAGGGCGAGACGGGCUCGGGGAAGACCACCCAGAUCCCGCAGUAUCUCUUCGAGGAGGGUUAUACAAAGAAGGGUCUGAGGAUCGCCUGCACCCAGCCCAGGAGAGUGGCCGCCAUGAGCGUGGCCGCCCGAGUUGCCCGGGAGAUGGGCGUGAAGCUGGGGAAUGAGGUUGGCUACAGCAUCCGCUUUGAGGACUGCACGUCGGAGCGGACCGUCCUCCGCUACAUGACCGACGGGAUGCUGCUCCGCGAGUUCCUCUCGGAGCCUGACCUUGCGAGUUACAGCGUGGUGAUGGUGGACGAGGCUCAUGAGCGGACCUUGCACACAGACAUCCUCUUUGGGUUGAUCAAAGAUGUGGCUCGCUUCCGACCGGAGCUCAAGGUGCUGGUGGCUUCAGCCACGCUGGACACUGCCCGCUUCUCCGCCUUCUUUGACGACGCCCCCGUCUUCCGGAUCCCCGGGCGCAGGUUUCCGGUGGACAUCUUCUAUACCAAGGCUCCAGAGGCCGACUACCUGGAAGCCUGUGUGGUGUCUGUGCUGCAGAUCCACGUGACCCAGCCUCCCGGGGACGUGCUGGUGUUCCUGACGGGACAGGAGGAGAUCGAGGCCGCCUGCGAGAUGCUCCAGGACCGCUGCCGCCGCCUGGGCUCCAAGAUCCGGGAGCUGCUGGUGCUGCCCAUCUACGCCAACCUGCCCUCCGACAUGCAGGCUCGCAUCUUCCAGCCCACGCCCCCGGGGGCACGCAAGGUGGUUGUGGCAACCAACAUCGCCGAGACUUCCCUCACCAUCGAGGGCAUCAUUUACGUGCUGGACCCAGGGUUCUGUAAGCAGAAGAGCUACAACCCUCGCACAGGCAUGGAGUCGCUCACGGUCACUCCCUGCAGCAAGUUGUCAGCUGGCCUGUCUUUCCUUCCUUUCCAGGCCUCAGCCAAUCAGCGAGCGGGUCGGGCUGGCCGGGUGGCGGCCGGGAAGUGCUUCCGCCUGUACACCGCCUGGGCCUAUCAGCAUGAGCUGGAGGAGACCACGGUGCCCGAGAUCCAGAGGACCAGCCUGGGCAACGUGGUGUUGCUGCUCAAGAGCUUAGGGAUCCACGACCUCAUGCACUUUGACUUCCUGGACCCUCCCCCGUAUGAGACCCUGCUGCUGGCGUUGGAGCAGCUGUAUGCUCUGGGAGCCCUCAACCACCUUGGGGAGCUCACCACGUCUGGUAGGAAGAUGGCAGAGCUGCCCGUGGACCCCAUGCUCUCUAAAAUGAUCCUGGCUUCUGAGAAGUACAGCUGCUCAGAGGAGAUCCUGACAGUGGCCGCCAUGCUGUCCGUCAACAACUCCAUCUUCUACCGGCCCAAGGACAAAGUGGUCCAUGCGGACAACGCCCGAGUCAACUUCUUCCUGCCUGGGGGCGACCACCUGGUCCUGCUCAACGUGUACACACAGUGGGCCGAGAGUGGUUACUCUUCCCAAUGGUGUUACGAGAACUUUGUCCAGUUCAGAUCGAUGCGCCGAGCCCGCGACGUGCGGGAGCAGCUGGAGGGGCUCCUGGAGCGGGUGGAAGUUGGCCUCAGCUCCUGCCAGGGGGACUAUAUCCGUGUCCGCAAGGCCGUCACCGCCGGCUACUUCUACCACACGGCACGGCUGACGCGCAGCGGCUACCGCACGGUGAAGCAGCAGCAGACCGUGUUCAUUCACCCCAACUCCUCCCUCUUUGAGGAACAGCCUCGCUGGCUGCUCUACCACGAACUUGUUUUGACCACCAAGGAGUUCAUGCGGCAGGUAUUGGAAAUUGAGAGCAGUUGGCUUCUGGAGGUGGCACCUCACUAUUAUAAAGCCAAGGAGCUAGAAGAUCCCCAUGCUAAGAAAAUGCCCAAAAAAACAGGCAAGACCCGUGAAGAGCUAGGGUAAAGAAAAGCUAAACAGAACACAACACCAGCUCCAUGUUAUUUAACGUCCAUUAAUAAAGGUAAUUUUGGAAUAAA